CUUGCCGAAUUUAGUGUAGUUAGUGUUCUUGUUACACCAAAAGAAAACCUGGCAUUGGUUACAGGAAGAAAUUCUUCAACCGCAGGAACCCGGGAAGGCAGCGCCUCGCCGAAAUAUCCCGUUGUUGUAUUUAUCCACGGGGAGAGCUACGAAUGGAAUUCGGGAAAUCCCUAUGAUGGCAGCGUGCUGGCAAGUUACGGGGGUAUCGUCGUCGUGACGGUUAACUACCGACUUGGAAUCUUAGGUUUUUUAAAUGCAAAUACCGAUCCGUAUUCCCGAUCCCCGGCAAACUAUGGUUUAAUGGAUCAAAUAGCAGCGCUACAUUGGCUACAAGAGAAUAUCGCCGUGUUCGGCGGUGACCCCAGUAACGUUACCGUUAUUGGACAUGGAACGGGAGCGGCAUGCGUAAAUUUUCUUCUAACUUCAAGCGCAGUUCCAGAGGGUGUGCUUUUUCAUCGCGCCGUUUUAAUGUCGGGGUCGGCGCUAUCCCCCUGGGCCUUGGUUCAGGAACCUUCAAGGUACGCUGCGCAGGUAGCUAUACACGCUAAUUGUUCUCCAGAGCUGCCACAUCCCCACCUCCUUAAGUGCCUUCGAGAGAAACCACUGGAAGUGUUAAUGUCUACACCUGUGAUUGCUCCCGAAUUUGCUUUCGCUUUCGGGCCGAGCGUCGACGGUGUUGUAAUCGAUACGGAAGAACCACCAGGUAUCUAUAAUAAUCAGCAUUUUAACGAAUUCGAUAGCAAGCCACAGAAGACGGAGCCGCAGAACGCCAUAAAUAUAUUAAAUAACGUGCUUUUGAGGGAUUCGGCGGUAUCGAAACUUUCCCGCUACGAUCUUUUACUCGGUGUAGUUAAAGCCGAAGCCUACUUUGCGUUUAACGCCGAAGAUGUUCAGUACGGAAUCGAGGCGGAUCGCCGCUCGAAAAUUUUAAGGACGUUUGUUCGUAAUACUUACAGUUAUCAUUUGUCGGAAAUUCUGGCGACGAUCGUUAAUGAGUAUACGGAUUGGGAACGGCCCGUCCAGCAUCCGAUUAACAUCAGGGACGAAACGUUGGAAGCCCUAUCCGACGCCCAGUACGUCGCACCCGUGGUCCACACUGCCGACCUGCACUCUGCGGAGCAUCGUAACUCCUAUCUCUACGUGUUUGAUUAUCAAACAAAAUCCGGAGAUUACCCUCAGCGGCAAGGUUGUAUACAUGGCGAGGAGCUUCCCUACCUAUUCGGGGCACCGUUAGUAGGUGGUUUUAUGUACUUUGGCCGAAAUUACACAAAGUCCGAAGUGCUUUUAUCUGAAACUACCAUGAUCUAUUGGAGCAACUUUGCAAGAAGUGGUAAUCCGAACGAGCCUCAGGAAGCGGACGGUUUUCAUGGAAGCAGGCAGGAAAGGAGCAAGCUGAAAAACAUCGAAUGGACCGCUUACGAAGCAGUACACAAAAAAUAUCUCAAUUUAGGUAAAUUAUCCAAACUUAAAUGGGCGCGAUACGGUUUUAAAAAUGAACUUUUUAUUACCUGUAUAACUAUAAAAACUUUGGAUGACACCAAACCUAAACUCAAGAAUCACUAUCGCGCCCACCGUCUGUCGUUUUGGUUAAAUCUGGUACCGGACUUGCACAGGCCUGGAGGAGACGACGUGCCAUCCAGUCAUCACGCCCUUGAGGACAACGAUCCGCCACCACCCAAGCUCCCGUCGCUUAACCCGAGAAAGCUAACAACGACAGAAUCCCCCAACGGUGAUUUGUCAAAGAUGACCUCGCUAGGAAUCAACUCAUCCGUCGUCGGUACGAUAGCAUCUGACAGCACGGAGAGAGUGGAAGAACUCGGAGGAGGAACAACACCUCACCCAGUCGAGGACGGUUUCGCCGCGUAUUCAACAGCGCUUAGUGUAACAAUCGCGAUAGGGUGUUCGUUGUUAAUACUAAACGUUUUGAUAUUCGCCGGCGUUUAUUAUCAACGAGAUAAAACGCGCAUGAACGAUCAUGGCGGUCAGCCCAAAAAACGUAACGAAAACGGACAAAUGCCCAACAACAUUUGUGGGGAUUUGGAGUCGAGCAUACUCGGUGUCAAAAGCGAUCCGGCCUCAAUUUUAGGACAUCACCAUUCGCAUCAUCAACUGCCGCCCCCCGAAUUCGCCGACUUACCUCAAAAUAACGCGACGUUACCGAGGCCUCCUCCUCCUCCAAAAAAUGCAAAAGCGCAUAUAAACACGUUACACGAAAACCAGCCGUUACUUCACGGUCAGAGUAUACAAUUAAUAAAUACGGGGACACUUACUAAAAAAAAUACGCAACUGAAUAGUGUUAAACAAAAUACAAUGGAAGAACUUCGAGUGUGACGCAUCUGUGCGAUAAUCGUUAGAAUUACCGCAAUAACGGUGUAGAUUGCUCAAAGUUUUUUUUAAACUCCAGACGACUUUGUAGGUAAUUGAAUUGGAGCACGUGAACUUAUGUGUUCGGACUAAUUUUAAACGCGAUUUGUUUUUAGUAAUCCAAAAACGAACUCAUCGACCCAGUCAGAGAAGCGACAUUUUUAUCUUGUUUAGGGCAGGUGUAAUUUAUAACUACGUGUUUAUAAUUAACUGUGAAGAUUCAAACCAUAGCGUCGUAACUGAACGAUAAAGACCAAAUUUUGUUGAAAGAUCAAGUUACAACGCUUUGGUUAGACAUAUUUUUAAUUUCACGAUUCGCGACGUCGACAAACAACUUUUUAAUAAUGCCCAAAAAAGAAGCGAAUGCCUGAGUCCAUUUCCGAGGUUAAAAUUCACACUCAAAAACCUUAUAAUCAAAAUCUAACACUAACUCCUUCAUUUUCGCUCAAGGGAUGCUGCCGUUGGCUUAAGUAGUUAAUUAGAUAUGGUCCAAUAAAUUGUAAUGGUCUGGAACAGACCCGCUCUGGUGCAAUUACUUUCCAAUCAAAUUAUCGACGAUGAAUUUACGCCCAAGAAAUUUGGAAUUAAGAAAAUCAAUAGAGUUUUAAGGGAGAAUGGGGAAGUGAGGGAUAAAAAUAACGAGGGUUUCAAAUGAUACCUUACAAGCUUUUCACUUUUAUGUAAUUAUUAAAGUUUGCAAACUUUAUCUAAAGCAUAUCAUAACGGGGCUUCAAAAUUAAAAUCUUAUUCAAUAAGUCGAAUGUUUUCAUAAACUCCAAGACGAUUAAUUAUUCAUUUAGACACUUUCCCCUUACAUUUGGUGUUAGAAAGUAGGUACCUGUUUUGAAUCGUUUAAAAGUAUUAACCUCGGUAUUAACAAUGUGCUCACAAAGGGUUACCGAGAGAAUGUGAAUUUUUUCCUCGAAAUCCCAUCGGUUGUUGUUAUGAACAAUGUAUGAACGUUGUGUACAUACACUAGACUAAAAAA